CAAACAGCUGUUCCGGCGAUGUGAUAAUAAUUUCGUUUUUUUUUACCCAACACGUUCGAUCCGUUUCAAAAUCGUCUUUUCUGAAUAGAAAUCUAGAUAGAACCAAUUUGGCAGAGAGAUGUCCGUGUUGCCCAACGCCGGGAGACAGGAAUCGCCGGUGACGGCGCCCAGGAUGUUCGGGGAUCCGGAUCUGGACCGGAUGGCGAUGCAGUAUGUGGGAAACAUGCACCACUACCGCGAGAACAUCGUAAUCCCCAAGAGCAAUGGGCCGGUGAAGAUCAAGACCAACGAGGAGAAGUACAUCGAGACGGCGGUGGAGAGCUGCGGCUUCAAGUGCGCCAUGGCCUGUGUGAUGGGAUACGGUUUGGGUGCAGCCUUGGGAUUGUUCAGUGCCUCCGUUAAUCCCAGCAUGGCCGAUCCUUUUGCGAAUGAGAAAAAGCAGACAGCUCGAGAGGUAUUCCGGGAAAUGCGGGCCACCACCCAUUCCUAUGCGAAGAAUUUCGCGCUGAUCGGAUGUGUGUUCUCCGCCGUGGAGUGCACCAUCGAGAGUCAUCGGGGAGUCACGGACUGGAAGAACGGCACCUACGCCGGAGGCAUCACCGGCGGACUGAUUGGCCUGCGGGCCGGCGUCAAGGCGGGCGUCAUCGGCGGACUGGGAUUCGCCGCCUUCUCCACGGCCAUCGACUACUACAUGCAUUCUAGAUAAGCUCAGUUUCCUCGGUUACCUUGUUUCGUAUAAAUAUUUGUUUCUAACUAA